AUGACAGGGGCAGUUUUGGGGAUGAAAAGUAAGAGGAAGAUUGGAUUAGUACAUGGGGCUGCUGUUGGAGCAUUCACUGGAGCUUCUUUUUCCCUUCACGCCGUUAGUGCUGCGUUUUCUCUCUGGAUUUCAUUUCAUGACAAUGAACCUCCCUCUUUCCGUCUCUUCAUUGAGGUUAUCACAAGCCUUCUCAAACCAACACUAGUGUACCUGGGAGAAGAGUUUGGUCCAGGCAUGCAUGGCCCAGUAAGGAAUCAGGAUGUGAAUGCUGAUGAUGAUGAUCAGGUGGCCACUGUUGAAACAAACAAACAAAUCCCAAGAUUUAUAGACAGAAAGGGAGGCAAUGGUUUACAUACAGGUUCUAUACUUGAUAAGCUCCCAAAGACUAGAAUCACAGAUAAGAAUAUCUAUGACUCUUCAGGAAAUAGAAUCUCCUGCUCGGUUUGCCUUGAGGCUUUCAAGAUGGCAGCCUUAAGAUAG